UGCCACUUUUACAUCUGCACCAUCUCCUGUCGCGGCUGCCAUUCUUCCUUGUCCUCUCCACUCACUGAGAGAUUUCGCUCGCUGUGAGCUAGCAGAGAUGUCGGAUAUGGCCUCAUCAAGCAGCAUGUCCCGCCUCGCCUCUGGCAGUGGCAGUGGCAGUGGCGGCCCAUCCUCAGCCUCGCGCAGCAACACACCCAACACGGCUGCCCCUUCAUCUUCUGCCACCAAUAAGGCUGCCCUCCAAGCGCUCGCCGAGGCCGAACGCGAGAGGUCACCAGAACCAGAUGAGGACUUCCGCAUGGACGAGCAGCCCACUGCUUGGCUGGUCAAGGUGCCACGCUUCUUGUACGAGGGGUGGAGUCAGAUCACGCAGGAUGAUUUGAAUUUGGGAAAGGUCCGAGUGUAUGACGCCGACCAUCGCGGCAAGCAGCGUAUCGAGCUCAUCCUCCCUUCAGCGCCAGAUGCUCCCAUCCCUCUCCCCGAGUACGACCCAGCCCAAGCAGGACGAAACGUCAAGAGGAUACCGCGGCAGUACGAUGUCAAGUUGAGCAGUGAUGCAAAUGAGACGGUGAAGCGCAAUCUCUUUGCUUUCAAGGAGAUGGCCGAGGAGGAGGAUGAAGAUGCUGCAGAGGGUACUGAGGGGGAGAUGGAUGUUGAGGAUGCGGACGAUUCAGUCGGCGGAGGAGACGAAGAUGAUAGUGAUGAUGAUCAGGCGAUGGGUGGUAGGGGCAAUGGGAAGCAGCAGGGCGGGAAACGACGACAGCCUCAGCAGUCGAGAUAUAGGAAGAAGAGACCAAAGAUCACAACAGCCUUUGCGGGCAAGAUCACAAACGAAGCGGCCGUCAAACCGCUCCUAGCAUCAAUGGGCAGCGCCUCAGGUAGUGGCGUCGCCUCGACCUCUCGCUCCGCAAGCCCCUCCCUCGCCGCCCCCUCAGCAUCCUCAUCCACUGAUUCAAAGACAGCCCUCGGUCUCAGCUCGGCCCAUACAGACCGCAAAGCCUCGUUUACCCCGGAGUAUCGAGACAUUCUCCGUCGUCGAAAGGAGGAGGCCACCCGACCGAAGAGGGCAGUCAAGAUGCUGGACGAGAGCGAGUCGGGCGCAGCUAAUAUGCUCAUGGCUGGUUUGGGGCAGGGUCACGUACGCGGCGUCAAGGGCCAGCCUGCAUCUUUCAUCGUGGGGCAGGGAGGCGCUGGAGCAGCAGGAGCCGCUGGUCGUGGCGGCAAGGCUGGCUCAUCAUCGGCUGCCUCGUCGUCUCGCGACAAGUUCGUCCGCCUGCCAAAGAACGAGCUCCUCGACCUCCUCUUCCACUGCUACGAGCGCUACACUUAUUGGACGCUCAAGGCUCUACGUGAAGAGACGCGCCAGCCCGAGGCGUACCUCAGAGACGUCUUGGCGAGCAUUGCUGAUCAGCACAAGCGCGGUCCGUAUGUGGGGCAGUGGAGUCUGAAGGGCGAAUAUGUUGAGCAGCAGAGAAGACAACAGGCUGAGGGAGCUGCGCAGGCUCAGCAGCAGCAGCAGCAGCAGCAGCAGCAGCAACAGAUGGGUGGACAAGCGAUGGGUGAGCAGGGUGAUGAGGGAGGUGGUGAUGGAGAUGAUGCUGGCGAGGGUGAUGAGGACAUGGAGGAAGUCAUAUAG